AUGGACGGCACCAAAGGAGUUCCAAAGGAAGGUGGUGACAUUUCAGACUCUGCAGAGCUAAAUGAAACGAGAUCUGAAGACGCUAAAAUAAGUGCUCUUCACGAUUACCAUCUUUUACCUGCCCCGGUUAAACGACGUGUUCGUGCUCUGAAGAAGUUGCAGUAUGAGACACUAAAAAUUGACUCACAGUUUUUUAAAGAACUCUUUGAGUUGGAAGCUAAGUAUGAUAUUCAGCACCAGCAACUAUUCUCCAAGAGACGGGAUAUUGUAACCGGGGAAGUUGAACCGAAUGAUGAAGAGUGUGACUGGCCAUCGGAUGACGAAGAUGUGGACAAUCUCUCUGAGAACGUUAAAGAAAAAGUCACAGUAUCAAAGGAGACAGAGGAUAAAGCUCUUGAAGCAGAUAGCAAGGGGAUCCCAGACUUCUGGUUAAAAACACUGCAGAACAUUUCUCUGUUUGAUGAAAUGGUUCAGGAACACGAUCGUGACAUACUUAAACACCUAGUGGACGUGAAAUGCGUUCUCAAUACAGGCGAGGAAGCAGGAUUCACACUUGAAUUCUACUUUUCUCCAAACAAAUACUUCACAAACACUGUCCUGACCAAACAAUAUUAUUUCAAUUAUGAAAUCCCAAGUGAUGAUCCUUUCGGAUAUGAAGGACCAGAAAUUGUUCGUGCUAAAGGUUGUGUGAUAAACUGGAAUCCAGGAAAAAAUGUAACUGUGAAGUUGGUGAAGAAAGUUCAAAAACGAAAAUCUGGAGGCGCUAAAAGAACUGUAACGAAAAGUGUCCGGGAAGAUUCGUUCUUCAAUUUCUUUUCACCUCCCGCAGAAAAUCUAUCUGAUGAUUUGGAUGAGGACACAGAGUUGUUACUUGAGUCAGAUUUCAAACUUGGUCAAUUUCUAAGAGAGAGUGUCAUCCCCAGAGCAGUACUUUACUUCACUGGUGAAGCCGUCGAUUCAGAGUAUGAUGACGAUGACGACGAGUUCGAUGAUGAAGAUCUGUCGGACGAAGAUGAUGAUGAGGAUGAUGACGAUGAAGAUGAGAAAGAAAAUUCCCAUUCACAUCCCGCUCGAGGAGGAAGACAUAACCGCGCUCCACAUAGAUCAAAACAAGGUAACCGAAAUGCUGACGAACGACCAGAAUGCGCCCAGCAAUAA